CCACAGCUAGAGAGUGCCCAGUGUGGAUAGAAUCUUCAUAGAAUUUAACUUUGAUGCUGUAGCAAGUCUCUAUUGAGUAUGAGUCAUAUGUGAUCUUUUUUUUUUAAAAAAAAGACUUGGAUAAAUGUCAUUGGAUUUUCAAGGGAUGGCAAAAGGCACAUCACUGACAAAUGCCAGUGCCCUGUCAAAUUACAAGUCUCUGCUCCAAAACAUUGGGAUGCUAGAAAAGGUUAAUGGAAUGUUUUCACAUGGGCAAAGCAAUGUGUUUUCCCGUAACCUUUUUGUCUAAAUCCAUAGAACCAUUUUGGCUGAAAUUUAAAAAAAAAAAAUCAGUUCCGAGUCUGACAUCCAGCUCACACAAUUUCAGCCCAACCAGUUUAAUUUGGCAAAGUUAUAAGCAACUGAAAACAGGGUCUUAUCGGAAGUGCCAGGCAACCUUAAUAAUAGCAGUGCUACAACCUGCUUAGACUAUCUUGUUACUUUCUCCCUCCUCCUUUGACAAGGAGCCAGCAUUGAAGUUGGACCAUAGGGAUACAUUUUGAUACUGAUGAAACACACAUGCAUUCUCACAGCUCACUGAAAAAGUAUUGUGAAGUAUAGCAUAUUAACAGGACCAAACUCUGAAUAAGUCAGGACACAGUUUGGCCACUAGAGAAACUGAGCUUGGCAAAGCCAGGAUAUGAACAAUUAUACAGGUGGGCUACUCAGGGGGAGUGAAGAUAUAAGGCAUCCAAUCAGGUAUUGGCAACCUGCCGCACUGUCAAAAUGCCCCUCCAACAGAUUUCUGUAGUCCCAGCGCGGGAGACCGCCAGCAAUGGGAGAAGUUCAAUGGGCAGAAACAAAGAGAAGAGCAAGGAAGUCGAGAAUGACAAAUCACCAGGGCGCUCUACAAGUCGAUCAAGUAACAUUUCAAAGGCAAGCAGUCCUACAACAGGAACAGCUCCUAGGAGUCAGUCACGGUUGUCUGUAUGUCCUUCCACUCAGGACAUCUGUAGAUCUACCACCUUGCAUGAUGUGUCAGAAGAUGAGUUUGAACAUGCAACACCUGUCAUGGUGCUGACCCCUGCUAGUAGGGAGUCUGGUAAGAAACAAGUGAAACGAAGGUUUAGGCGGAGGAAGGCGAUUGGGGACAAUGUUGAGCAUACAGAAAAGCAAAGAAAAGGGAAGGACUGCAAAUUGUACCCGGUGGUUGCAAGCUCCAGAUGCAGUGCAUUGCACAAGGAAACAUAUGAUUCAUCAUCCUCAGAUGAGAAUCAGUGGGCUCAGGCUAGAAGGAGAGCCAGAGAAAAGGUCAAAAUGCCCAGGAGAGGGAGAAGGAGCAAUAGAUCUUGCAGUAACCCAGAUGGAUCUCCAAAUAACAAUGCCAUUGAACUUGUCACCCUGGGGACAACAGGGGAAAAGAAACAAGAGGUGUCUGAUUCUGAUAACCACACUUUAAAUCACAGGAGGAGAAGGGUUUCAAGAUUUAAAGAAUCUUGCCUUUCACUGUCUUCAGUGUCCUCUCCGGAGGCAAGGAGUUUCUCAAGAAAAUGUGGAAAAAACAGGGGCAGAAGCUACCCCCGAGGGCUGCAGUCUUCAUCUCACCUUAGACAAAAUAAAGUGGCCAAGGAAGGCUUUACAGAGAGAGACUCUGGCAGUGAUACUCUGACAAUUCCAGAAAAUGGAGAAUCUGUUGGGGCAGGGCCCAAUGUGACAGAUGCUGUUCAGAAAAUUCCUGUUUUAUAUGAUGACUGGUCUGAUGAUUUAGAAGUAUGCAGGAUCUGUCACUGUGAGGGAGAUGAUGAAAGCCCUCUCAUCACACCAUGUCGCUGUACAGGGACCCUGCGCUUUGUUCAUCAGGCAUGCCUGCACCAGUGGAUUAAAAGCUCAGACACCCGCUGUUGUGAACUCUGCAAAUAUGACUUUAUAAUGGAGACCAAGCUCAAACCUCUCCGGAAGUGGGAGAAACUACAGAUGACAACAAGUGAAAGGAGGAAGAUAGUCUGUUCAGUUACAUUCCAUAUUAUUGCUAUUACCUGCGUUGUUUGGUCAUUGUAUGUUUUAAUAGAUCGAACUGCUGAGGAAAUUAAGCAAGGCAAUGACAAUGGUAUCCUUGAAUGGCCAUUUUGGACAAAACUGGUUGUGGUAGCAAUUGGGUUCACUGGAGGCCUAGUCUUCAUGUAUGUACAGUGCAAAGUCUACAUUCAGUUGUGGCGCAGACUGAAGGCUUACAAUCGAGUGAUCUUUGUUCAAAACUGCCCGGACACUGCCAAAAAAAUGGAGAAGAACCCUUCAUGCAUUCAGAAUUCUGAAAUCAAGGAUGCUGUGGUAGUGCCAGUAUCACAGACAGGUACAAACUCACAGCAAUCGGCUGAAGAAAUGACCUCUGAGGUCAUGCCAGUUUGACAGAGGUGAUAUUGUUUCUUCAUUGAAAAAGGUGUGUGUGUUUUUUACACCACAGCCACUACAGAAAGCAGAAACAAACAUGCAUUUUAAAUAAAAGAACAAAAAACCCUGACCAGGGAAAUGGAUACAGUGAAGCAACAUGCAUUACUUAUGGAAUGUGACCGUUUGUGAAAUAGUUUCUCAAUUAGUCAGCCAGGUGUAGUGGAAGUGUAGAAAGCACAACAGAGAACAAUUCUAACAGUGUCAAACAGACAUGACAAAAUGACCUUUUUAAACUGGAUGACCAGGAGGAAUUGGAAAUAGACCUGCUAUAACUGUUCUGUUACAGAAAACAUCAACAACUUUCCAUCUAUUUGUUACUACUAGGCAUUCUAUUUGCUCAUCAUCUUAAAAAUACACUUCGAAGUGACACUAAAAAGGUCAUUUGCAUUAAACUUAAAUCAACAAAGUAAACAGACCUGCACCAUGACACUCACUUUCUAAAUCUUGUAAAGUAAUCAUUACAUAGUUGUAUGGCUACAUUGGAGCCUGAAUGUUUUGGCAGCCAUGUGAGCUGAGGAUACGUGAAGCACAUACAUAUUUAAUGCUUUUGGAUAUGUGAUUUUUUUGUUUUUUGCAAAAUAAGCAAUUUCAACAAGUAGUCUUCAAGUCCUCAAAUGCUUCCUUGGACCCAUGAAAUACAAGUAGUAUUUAGCCACAAGGCUCAAAUUAUUAGCUCUACAUCUGGAACAACACUUUUAGUUCUGCUUAUCUUAAAGUAAAAUAAAUAACACUUGUUAAGUGGUGAAUUAACAUGAACUUUCUGCCAAUAUAUGUAGAAAGGAUAUAUAGCAAGUUUUCUCCAAAGUAUAAUCAGAGGCAUUACAGGUUGAAGCAUGCAGUCCAUUACAAAAGAAUAUGAAAUGAAUUUAUACCCUCACACCCCCUAGGAAUGACAGCUAAAGUGGAGGGUGGAAUUUUUUUAAGAGUUCAUGCUUCAGCAAUUAAGGUAAUCACAAAAGAGCAUACGUGGACCUAUUAAAAGAUGCCAGUAUCACCCUGUUUUGACUUGACUGGAUAGUUAUCCUCUGUUCAGGAUAAGACUGAGCAAUUAGAGAUUCAACAGUUCAGUUGUUAAUUUUGUGUUUUGAGCAUUUUCAUGUAAAACUGAAGUGUGACUAACAUUAAAGAGUGCAAUAUAUAAAUGAAUGUAGAUAAAAUGAUGUCCAACAGCAGUGAGUUACAUAAAGAAUUUUUGGUACCUUAGAGACUAACAAAUUUAUUUGAAUGUAAGCUUUUGUGAGCUACAGCUCUAAGGUGCCACAAGUCCUCCUUUUCUUUUUGCGGAUACAGACUAACACAGCUGCUACUCUGAAACCUGUCAAAGAAUUUUGUGAUUCACUUCCAGUUGCUGUGGUGUUUAUUAUUGGGACAGGAGAGCCAAAGUGGCCAGAAGUACCUGUGAAUUGGUUUGGGUAAGUCUGGGGACCACAGUAAACUAGGGCCCUCUUUGAUCUCGUGGUGUGUGCAUGUGGGGGGAAGGACAGGAAAUCAAACAAAUCAUUUUGUGGAUGUAAUGACCAAGCAGGAUAAUUACAUUCUGCAGCAUAAAUUCUGAGUUUUCUAACCUUUAAGCACCAUUAAAUGGCAAUUGUCGUGCAAAUACUCUGAGGCUUAGUCUCAGUUCAGAAUGAGAUAUUAGAGAUAUACUUCAACAGAACUUGUCCCCUGAAGAAAAUUUAAGGAAUGAGAUAGUGAAGUAUUUAAUGUCUACU